AUGGAAAAUGAAGAUAUUUUUCACUCCCCCUCCGAGCCUGAACUGGAGGAGAUUCAUCACUCUCCCACAGCUUAUGUAGCUGAUGAGCAUGAUAAUCAGAAAGCAAAUGAUUCAAAAUCUUCUCGAGAGGAUGAUGAUGAUGAUCUUUAUGAAGAUGUGGAAUUUCUGAAAGAAAUCGACUUUACAGGAAUCAAUGACGACAUUCCAACAAACAUAGAAUUUGAUUUUGGUGAUGAAGAUUUUGAUCCUUUUCUUGAUAUUCCCAGCAGUAGUGUAAAUAAAGUCAAUGAAGUUUCUUCUUUAGCAACUAAGACUAGAGAUGAAGGAAAUGUUCUCAAAAUUCUGCUCUCUACCUCAAAGCCCUUGGAGAUCACAACAAGCCAAGGAGAUGUGACAUUAGAGAUUCCUCCCUCUAUGUCACCUGUCUCAACAUCAGCUCCAGUCAUUUCUGACUUAACUGAACCUCAAACUUCUCAGACUUCUAUGAGAACAAGCCAAUCUCUUGAAAGUCUGGAGGUACCCUCUGUAAGAAGUGCUACUCAAGUUAUUUCAACAAUCACUGCUACCUUUGCUCACUCUCCUCCAAUGCAAACUGAUGAAGGUCCAAGUACCAUGUUCGAGACUGGUGGAUCCUCAUCCAUUCCAGAAUAUUCUCCAACUCGACCUUCCCUAGAUGAUGCUUCUAUCAGAUUGGUAAAGCAUCUGGCUCAAUUUAGUCCAACCUCUUCACGCGGGAAAGGAAUAUCAUUUAACGAGGGUCGGACAGACGAUGACAAAUCCUCUUCAUCUGAUCUCCGAGAGGAAAUUGGAAUUCUCCAUCAAUAG